AUGAAGCUGAUCAACACCGUCCUCGCCUUCGCCCUCGCCGCCGGCGCCAUGGCCCAAGACAAGUCCGGCGCCGGAACCAUCGCGCCUCCCAAGAGCCUCCCUCCCGCGGACACCUCAAUCCUACCAACUGGCGCCAGCCUCCCCACGACUCUGGGCGCCCACUCCACGGCUACUUCCAGCGGCUCUGGGUCAGCCGGCGCCAGCACGACGCCCACGGCAAGCGGCGGGUCGGGCUCUACCUCGGCGACCAAGACCGGCAGCGGAACAGCAAGCGGCGGUCAGGCAACUAGCUCGUCAACGGCUGGCGCUGCAUUCCCGACAGCGAAUGUGAUGAACAUAGCGCCACCUGUCGGCGUGGCUCUCGUGGCCAUGGCUCUGUAA